CUACAUUUCUCCGUAGAAGAAGAAGGAAAGCAAAACAACAUGGCAGCGUCCGCAGAACACGUUGGACCUGAGACUGAAGAGACAGAUCGCCCUGAAAGUGUCCAAAUAAAAGAUACAGAAACGAAUAAUAAUCCCGGAACAUCAGAAAUCGAGUCGGAAAGACUGGAGCAAGAUGAGGAGGAAGAAGAGGAGCCUCCCGGCCCAAAGAUCCGGGAAACCCCUCAGGACAUCCAGCUGGAGGCGAUCGCCAACACGGUGGCUCUGCACCCCAGCAGAGACAUCUUGGUGUGCGGGGACGUGGACGGGGACGUGUACGCUUUCUCCUAUUCGUGCACGGAGGGAGAGAACCAGGAGCUGUGGUCGUCCGGACACCACCUGAAGUCCUGCCGCCAGGUGCGCAUCUCGGCGGACGGGCUGAAGCUGUACAGCGUGUCCCGGGACAAGGCCGUCCACCUGCUGGACGUGGAGCGGGGGCAGCUGGUCACACGGAUCCGGGGGGCUCACGGAGCCCCCAUCAACAGUCUGCUUCUGGUAGACGAGAACAUCCUGGCAACUGGAGACGAUGGAGGCACCUUGAAGGUGUGGGAUAUGAGGAAGGGAACCGCCAUCAUGGACAUGAAGAACCACGAGGAUUACAUCAGUGACAUAACCGUGGACCAGAACAAGAGGAUGCUGCUUACGGCCAGUGGGGACGGCACCAUGGGCGUCUUCAACCUCAAACGACGACGCUUUGAGCUGGUGUCUGAGUACCAGAGUGGUGAUCUGACCUCGGUGGCGCUGAUGAAGCGGGGUAAGAAGGUGGUCUGCGGCUCCAGUGAGGGGACCAUUUACAUCUUCAACUGGAACGGCUUCGGUGCCACCAGCGACCGCUUCGCUCUCAAGGCGGAGUCGGUGGACUGCAUCGCGCCAAUAACCGAAAACAUCAUGUGCACCGCGUCCAUGGACGGCUACAUCCGAGCCAUCAACCUUCUUCCCAACCGGGUCAUUGGAUGCAUCGGGCAGCACGUCGGCGAACCCGUUGAGGAGAUCACCAAGUCCUGGGAUUCCCGCUUCCUGGUCAGCUGUGCCCAUGACCAGCUCAUCAAGUUCUGGGACAUUUCUGGUUUACCCAAACUGACCGUCAACGAAUACCGCAAGAGGAAGAAGAAACAUGGGCGCAUGAAGUCGCUCACCAAGAAGGCCUUCGGCGAGAAUGACUUCUUCUCUGGACUCGUAGAGGAAACUGAGAAAAAAGAAGAAGAAGAACAGGAGGAAGAUGAGGACAGCGACAGUGGGAGUGACUGAAACGUUACUGCGCUGUCAGACAUUUAGAGAUGAGGCUUGAAAUCAAAGUGUCUGUGAGCGUGUGGAGAACUUACACCACUGCAUGGGUUGGUAUGAGCUGCUACUUUGGUUCUGGUCUCUGCAGUCCAAGAAGUGAUUCAAAUGCUGCCUAAAGAAACAAAAAAUGACUAUACUUUUAUUUCCUGUGAGAUUUGGGGAAUAAAUCACUGCCAGAGAAGCUAUGCUCCAGAUCAGUGACCCACCUUCCUGUUUACUACAGUCUGAUGAGUGUUUUGACUGAUGUUCUUUCAGGUGUCUGCUGCAGGACAACGGUAGAAAAUAAAACGUUUUGAAUUCCUGCAUCUAUACCAGAAUCUGGGGUGUUAUGCAAAAUAAACCUCUCUAACAGAUAGAAUGUAAAAUGUCUUCAGUCUUAACUAACAAAAACUUUUAGUAGAACUGUAGAAGUUUUCCACAUUUUGACACAUUACAACUACAAUCUUCAGAGGGUUUCAUUUGUGCGACAAAUAAAAAGUAGUUUAGAACUGAAUUGGAAGGAAAGUAAUACUUUGUUUCCCAAACAAAUUGCGCGUUGCUUUGUGUUCAGCCGUCUGAGUGAAUAAAUUGUUGAACCUUUGACCACAGUUACGGCUGCGAGGGUUUUGGGGUUGGUCUCUACCAGCUUUCUCCAUCUACACAAAUUUAGUCAUUUUUCUUUGCAAAGCCCUCAUUUUCAGGCAUAAUUAAUGGAGAGCCUCUGUGAACAUCAAUUUUUAAGUUUUGCUACAGAUUCUUGCUGAAGUUAAUAUCUGGACUUUGACUAGGCCAUUCUAACACAUGAAUAUCCUUUGACCUAAACCAGUAUUGUUCCUACGCUGAAAGUACUUGUGGGCGACAGAAAUUGAAAGUUUAAAAAAAAUGUAUAAACCUAAAACAGAUUUUACAGUUUUUUAAACAGUAAACUAAAAAAAAAGUAAUUAGUUUUUUCUAAAAGGGAAUCUGUAAAUCAUUUAGAUCUGAAACAUAAAAAGUGUUUUGUGCUAUAAUUCUCUGCUUGAUAUAUAUACCAAAUAUUAGAAACUUCUUUGGGAUUAUUUCAGUGCAAUGGAGACGGAAACGGAAAAAACAAGCUAUAAAGAGAGAGAGGUCGGGCAAAAAGGUAAAAGGGAGACAAGAAUAGAGAAGACAAAGAAGAAUAUAAGAUAAAAAUAAAAUUUAAGUCGCUCUUUCUUUCAAAACGGCUGCUUUAUUUAGCCGAGUUUAAUAAAUGGGUUCGCUUAUUUCAGUUUUUGAUUACUUUUGACUGAAUAUGUGUGGUCCUGAUCACCUUUUCUUUAAAAAUGAAUACAAAAAACAGUAUUUUUUUAAUAAAAUAAAUGCUUUCCGUUUUACCCAACAUUUUCUAUUUUAAGGUGUAAAUUUACAUAUUCUUUGAAAGGCCUUGUAUCAGUUUUCUGCAGGUUUUCCUCCAGGAUUGUCCAGUAUUUACCUCCAUCCAUCUUUCCAUCUACUCUGACCAGCUUCCCUGUCCCUGCUGAAGAAAAACAUGCCCCCAGCAUGAUGCUGCCACCACCUUAUGUAAAUGUAGGGUUAGCAUGUUCAGGGUGUUAGUUUUCCAACAAACAUAAAACAUUCUAGAUGUAGGCCAAAACGUAUGCUGUGUCAAGGAGACGACGGUAGCGACAGUGAUAGAGGUUCGUCCUGUAACCGGUGGGUUGCUGGAUCAAACCCCUGCUCUGUCUGUCUCAGGGUAAAGUGUCCUUGGGCAAGACACUUUAGACUGCUCAAUGGUGCCAAUUGUAUGGCAGCCUCACCUCUGACAGUACUCUGUGGCUACAAUGUAGUACAUCUGUGUUAAUGGGUGGAUGACUGAUUGUUGUGUAAAGUGCUUUGGGGUCUCUAAAGAGCUAUAUAAGUGCAGGCUAUUUACCAUUCCUGAUUGUCUUGCGGUGAACAGCAAACAAGACUUCUUCAAUAAAAGCCAGAUUUAUAACUGAUUGGUAGAAAGAGGACCUCUGAGGUCAGAACUGAGAUUUAAUCCUGCACCAACUGACUGUUUAUUAGGUAGAGGCCUUCUAAAGGCACUGCAUUUUAUUUAGGGGUUUCCCAGUAAAUAGAUGUGCACACUUCAUAUUUUAAAAAGAGAUAUUUAACAUUUUUCCUCCAUUGUAAAUGUCUACACUACACUGUAAAAUUAAGUUUCUGGUUCCUGCAGACAAAAUGGGAAAAAGUUCAAUAAAAUACUUUCAUUCA